AUGUCGAUUCUCCGUAUAACGGUGAUUAGGCUGAAGGAGACUCCUGGCGAAGGCAAAGACGAAGAGGUUGUUGAUACCCUCCAAUUCAUCGCCAAGAAGUAUAAUCGCCCAUGUUCCUUGACACUGGAACGCCUCCAAGAAUGUGGCCAGACUAAUGUCGGGGGGGUGACCGACCGCCGUGGAUCCGUGGGAGCUCAUGCCAAACGGCGAUUUGGGUUGGGAGAGGUCGCCGUACAUUUGCGAGGCCUUUUCCAAACCAAGAAGAUGGGGUUGUCCACUUCGCUGAUCUGGUUUUCAUGCAAGUCAUCACCCUCGACUGCACAUUUCGUGCUUGAGCUGUCCUUUGGGCCCAGGCUCCUCAUCGGCCUGGCAUACCCUCUCUACAAUGUCUUCCUACCACAGUACCUUAUGACCCGCGGCGCAGCUCUUGGCGGCCUAAGUGUAAGCGAUACAUGGAGGAACUAUGCUUUGAGCAACCUAUCGUCCAUCCCCUCGCCGAUCUUGGCUGGGUUCAUGUGCAACAGCAAGCUCUUCUGGGGACGAAGGGGAACCAUGAUUAUUGGUGCCAUGCUCACUCCGGAAUGCCAAGAUUUCCUCUCCGAACAAGCUCGUGAGCUCUGA